AAUUAUUGUUAUCAAAUCCAAGUGUUUUUUUUAUUGUGACUGGCUUCUAUAAAGAUGGUUAGAGUCCACAGCAAUUAUCCUCACAUCGACAAAUAGCAGAUUUCCAAUCAAAACGAAGAAGAAAAUAAUGACUCUCUUCGGCAAGAUGGAAGCUGAUGUGGAAAUCAAAGCGUCUCCUGAAAUAUUUCAUGAUUUAAUUGGUGGCAGACCACACCAUAUGCCUAACGCUUCACACAAAUUACAAAGCUGUGAUCUGCAUGAAGGCGAAUUUGGCAAACAUGGCUCUGUCGUCUACUGGAAUUACGUUCAUGAUGGAGUGCCGAAGGUUGCAAAGGAAUUAGUCGAAAAAGAUGAUGAAAACUUUUCGACAACUUACAAAGUGAUCGAAGGAGACAUUAUGAAGGAAUACAAGAGCUUCAACUUAAUUGUUAAGGCUAUACCUAAGGGUGAGGGCAGCAAUGUGCAUUGGACUAUUGAAUAUGAGAAGCUGAAUGCUGAUAUUCCCGAACCUCACUCCAUACUCGAAUUUGUCGUCGGUCUCACCAAAGACCUCGACGAUCAUCUCGCCAAGGCUUAAGCUUCCGCUCUCAACCGUAUUAUUACUACAAUAAAUUGUGCGGUAGCUACUAGCUAGAUCGCGCACCCGUGUUCCUACCAUUUUUAAUACGUAUUUGUGUGUAUCAACUAUGUAUGAUCCUAAUGUUGUGAUGCUAUAAAUAUGAUACAUUCUAUGAGUGUUCCUUUUAUCUAUUACUAAAUGGGGCAUUGUUAAGGUA